AUGAAGCCAAACCUCCUGCUGCUGCGAUCCACUUUCGCGGCGCCAUCCUUUGUGCCAUCUCUUCUUGACCCCAUUACGGAUAGCAUUUGGACGACUCUCGACGGACUGGUUGAAGUCGCACUUGGCGCAGUCGAGGGGACUCUCGGCGUGGAGAAGUCGUACGACUACGUUGUUGUUGGCGGCGGAACUGCUGGCAACACAAUUGCCUACCGAUUGGUAGAGGCAGGUUUUUCAGUAGCAGUCAUUGAGGCAGGGCUCUCAUAUGAACUCGGGAAGCCGAUCGUGGGCGCAGCGCCGCUUGGAGACAUCAUUGGGGUCGGAUCUAACCCGCUUGAUUCCAUAAUAACCGUCGACUAUGGCUUCAAGACGACGGCACAGCCUGGCGCAGGAGGGCGUGAGAUGCAUUAUGCGCAGGGGAAGUGUCUGGGUGGUACGUCGGGUCUCAACUUCUUAAUCCACCACCGACCCAACCGAGGCGCCCUGGAUGCGUGGGCUGAAGCUGUCGGCGAUGACAGCUACACUUUCGACUCGAUGCUUCCUUACUUCAAGAAGAGCUACACAUUCACACCACCCAACAAUGAGACACGGCUUGCCAACGCUACCACCUUGUACCAACAUAGUGACUUCGCGGCCGAAGGCGAGGGAGGGCCAAUCCAGGUCACUUAUCCUAAUUGGACACCGGUUUGGUCCACGUGGGCCGUUAAGGGCUUGGAGGCGCUCGGAAUUGUCGCUACAUCAGAGUACAAUGAAGGGGUUUUGAACGGAUGGCACUAUGCGCAGACGACCAUGCACCCCGACUCGCAAGUGCGCUUCACCUCUGCCGACUUCAUCUACAAGGCGCGUGAUGAGGAGGAGUUGAGCGAUAGGCUCACCGUCUAUCUGCAAACCCGGGCCAACAAGAUCGUUUUUGACGAAAACAAGAAGGCAACCGCUGUUGAAGUGGCAGGCCUCGACCUGCUCACCUACAAAAUCAACGCAACAAAGGAGGUCAUCGUAUCCGCUGGCGCGCUGCACUCGCCGCAGCUGCUCAUGUUGUCAGGUGUCGGACCUGCUGACCAACUCAGCCAGUUCGGCAUCGAUGUGAUCGCAGACCGGCCCGGCGUUGGGCAGAACCUGACAGACCAUGUGCUCUUCGGUCCUACGUACGAGGUCACCUUCGACACCCUGGAUGCAGUACUUGGAAACCCCCUGAUUCUAGCUGAGAGCGUGGCCGAGUACGCCGCCACGCAGACGGGACCCUUGACCAACCAAGUCGCCGAUCUCCUCGCCUGGGAGCGUCUUCCCGCAUCGACCAAUUUAUCACAGUCGACAUGGGAUGCCCUCGCCAAGUACCCUGAAGACUGGCCGCAGAUCGAAUAUUUCCCAGCGGCAGGCUACAUUGGCGAAUUCAACAUACCCUGGCUUGACCAACCCAAAGAUGGAAAGCAGUAUGCCUCCAUCAUCGCCGCCAUUGCCAUGCCUCUCUCGCGCGGAAACGUCUCUCUUGCCAGUGCUAGCGCCGCAGUCAAGCCCCUAUUCAACCCCAACUGGCUCUCCGACCAAGGCGACGUUGAGGUGGCCAUCUCUAUCUACCGUCGCGUACGUGACAUUUUCAACACUGAAGCAGUCAAGAGUGUUCGCGUCGACCCCAGCGCCACGGGCGAAUUCUGGCCCGGCGCGGACGUUGAGACGGACGAGGAGGUUAUCGCUAACUUGCGGACAUCAGUCAUGGCUGUCAUGCACGCAUCCUGCACGUGCAGGAUGGGUCGCAAAGAUGAGGACACUGCCGUGAUCGACAACUUGGCCCGUGUUAUUGGCGUGGAUGGACUACGUGUUGUCGAUGCCAGUGCCCUGGCCCUUCUGCCUCCAGGGCACCCGCAGGCGCUGAUUUAUGCCCUAGCUGAGAAGAUUGCGGAUUCCAUUAUUCAAGGAUUGGAGUGA